AGCUGAGCCUCGGCCAGCUCCAGCGAACAGGCGGGCGCUGGAGCGCCGCGCAGCCCAGCCCUAUCGGUCCGCAGAGCGGACUGAGGUGGAAGCCGAGCGCUGCCGCGGGAGGCGAGCGAUGGGGGCAGGUGCCGCCGGCCGCACCAUGGACCGGCCUCGCCUGCUGCUGUUGCUGCUGCUGCUCCUGGAGGUGUCCUUCGGAGGUGCCAAAGAGGCAUGCCCCACAGGCCUGUACACCCACAGCGGAGAGUGCUGCAAAGCCUGCAACCUGGGUGAGGGUGUGGCCCAGCCUUGUGGAGCCAACCAGACUGUGUGUGAGCCCUGCCUGGACAGCGUGACGUUCUCCGACGUGGUGAGCGCCACUGAGCCAUGCAAGCCGUGCACCGAGUGCGUGGGCCUGCAGAGCAUGUCCGCACCGUGCGUGGAGGCCGACGACGCCGUGUGCCGCUGCGCCUACGGUUACUACCAGGACGAGACGACCGGCCGCUGCGAGGCAUGCCGCGUGUGCGAGGCGGGCUCGGGCCUCGUGUUCUCGUGCCAGGACAGGCAGAACACCGUGUGCGAGGAGUGCCCCGACGGCACGUACUCUGACGAGGCCAACCACGUGGACCCGUGCCUGCCCUGCACUGUGUGCGAGGACACUGAGCGCCAGCUGCGCGAGUGCACGCGCUGGGCCGACGCUGAGUGCGAGGAGAUCCCUGGCCGUUGGAUUAUACGGUCCACACCCCCAGAAGGCUCAGAAAGCACAGACCCCAGCACCCAGGAGCCUGAGUUUCCUCCAGAACAAGACAUCAUAGCCAGCACAGUGGCAGAUGUGGUGACCACAGUGAUGGGCAGCUCCCAGCCCGUGGUGACCCGAGGCACUGCUGACAACCUCAUUCCUGUCUACUGUUCCAUCCUGGCCGCUGUGGUUGUGGGCCUCGUGGCCUACAUCGCCUUCAAGAGGUGGAACAGCUGCAAGCAGAACAAGCAAGGGGCCAACAGCCGGCCAGUGAACCAGACACCCCCGCCAGAGGGAGAAAAGCUCCACAGUGACAGUGGCAUCUCUGUGGACAGCCAGAGCCUGCACGACCAGCAGCCCCACACACAGACGGCCUCCGGCCAGGCAGCCCUCAAAGGUGAUGGAGGCCUCUAUAGCAGCUUGCCCCCAGCCAAGCGGGAGGAGGUGGAGAAGCUGCUCAACGGCUCAGUGGGGGACACCUGGAGGCACCUGGCCGGAGAGCUGGGCUAUCAGCCCGAGCACAUAGACUCCUUCACCCACGAGGCCUGCCCUGCCCGCGCCUUGCUCGCCAGCUGGGCUGCCCAGGACAGCGCCACCCUCGAUGCCCUCCUGGCUGCCCUACGCCGCAUCCAGCGUGCUGACAUUGUUGAGAGCCUGUGCAGUGAGUCCACGGCCACGUCCCCGGUGUGAGCCCAUCUGGAGAGCCCCUGCCCUACCCCAACAUUCCGAUAACUGAUGCUCCAACCAAGCCUGUCCCCCCUGGGGUGGGCCAGCCCAUCAGAGCUGCACUCCUCUCCUCUGGGCAGGGCCUCGGUGUCCAGGCUCCAAAACCACAGCCCUGUUGCCGCACUCCAAGUGGUCCUUCACUUCUUCCCUGUCCAGCAAGAGAAGUCCCCCUGCUGCCUGCCCCACCCUGCCUUCCCCUUCACCAUCCGAGGCCUCUGCCCUCUUCCCCCUACACCAACCCACAUAACAGGUGUUGUAGCUGGGGGGCCGAUACCAGGGAUGGUGUUGGGGUGGUGAUAAGGCCCUGGAGACCCAGAGGGAAGUACUGAGGAAUCAGAGCCAUAGACUCUACACUGUGAACUUGGGGAACGAGGGAGAAUUCCAGUGGCCUGAACUCUCCCUCCCUUGCCUUGCCCUACCCUCUGGCUUGACGUGAGGAGGAGCAGAGGUCUGUCAGAGCUGGAAGUGGGUUUUGAGCUCAUUCCACCCCUCAUUUUCCAUUCAGGACAGUGAGGCCCAGAGAGAGGCAGUGAUUUGCCCAAAGUCACACAGCAGUGGGGGGCCCAAGUAUAGGCUAGCACCCUCCUCUCUAAAUGAGAGGCCUCAGGUUUGCUAAAGGCAGGGGGGCAAGGUGGUCUUCCGGGAAAUGUAGUGAAGUGGUCACGCUGCCUGCCACCAUCUCCAGGUCCCUAUCCCCCUUUGUAGAGAUGAGAUGCUUGCCCAAAGCCUGGUCAUCAUGGUCAAGUCAGGUUUGGGUUUUGUGGAAAAGGGUGCUGCUUCCCUUUGUCCCUUAGGCAUGUCAGUGUGGCCUCUGUGGGCUGCCACAGAUGGCUGCCCUCUGGGCACAGGCCUGGAGCCAAGACUGGCCCCUGGAAUCAGCCCUAGGGGUCAGGGACUAAAGACCCUUCUCCAUGCAACACAUACACACACACACACACACACACACACACACGCACACACACAGAAUGAGAAAUCUUGCUUUUCUCCAUGAGUUCCUUCUCUUGGGCUGAGACCGGAUCCUGCCUGGGGCAACUGCCAGAGAAACAUCGGAGGGAAUUGAACUCUGCUCAGGCUGUCUUCCCUUGCCCCUGGGUUUGGCAGGCCAAGGAUGGCUGAGGCUUGAGCUGGUGUCUGUCUUCAAGGGACUGCACGUGGAGGAAUGCGAAUGUGCCCCCAUCCUCCCCUCCCCUGCAAGCAUGGGUUUGGCUGGGCCCAGAAGGCUGAGAUGAAGGAAAAUGAAAAGUGGGCCAGCGUGGGAACGCAGCAAGAAGGAACGGAGUUAGACUGUGGUCUGUAGGGAGUUCCUCCCAAGUUCAGAGGACCCUGCAAGAGACUGUUUUUUCCUUAGCUUGGCCAGAAAGAGGCCUCAAGGUCUCAGCGGCCUUUCCACGCCCUCCCUGGUCUGUUCUGUUUUGCUUGAUGUUGGAAUGAGUGUGGCUCUCUGUCUAUUUAGCAUGAACGAGCUCCAGGCAGGCUGUGCAAUGACAGCCACCCUUUCCCUAACCCAGGGUGCUCCCAACCUGUGAAAGGGAACAGGAGCAUUGUAUGUAGAUGGUAUUUCUUUGACCUCAAUCUGUGAUGAGAGGAGAAAACUCACCUGCUGGCCCCUCACCUGUGUACCUGGGGAGUGGGACAGAGUCUGGUGUAUUUAUUUUCCUCCCCAGCAGUUGGGGAGGAGGUUGGGGGGUUGUAAGUAUGUUUUAGCAUGUGUUUGGUUCUGGGCCCCCCCUGCCUCCCCUUGGGCUGAGAUGGGACACUUUUGGCCCCCCCAGCUGGGAGCUGCAAGCUCCAGACCCCCUGUAACCCUCCCUAUCAUCUCCCCCUUGCAUCCUGUGUAAUCAUUUCUUGGGCCCUCCUAAAACCUCCACAUAAAACGUAAGUGAUGAACAUUAAAUAGCAAAGAAAGAAAAAUAGUGCAAAGA